CACUAUUUUUGGAUAUCGGAGCAGCUGCGAUAAUUAUAUUUGGGGAAAUUUUCCCAUUUUCUCAUGUAACGAAAAAUAGAUCUACCGCAAAAAGUAGGCGUUAAUAAAUAAAUGCGCUCGAAAACUGACGACUGCAACGGAUAGAGCAUCAACCGAACAUGGAGUGCAAUCUGGGCAGCGAGAUUGGACAGAAGAUGCGCAGCGCCGUCAAGGCGAAGCUGCUGGAGCUGGGAACCGGGGGAUCAGCCGGUUUUAUAGACGACGAACUGCCGGACUACGUGAUGGUCAUGGUCGCCAAUAAACGCACCAAACAGCAGAUGAACGCGGAGCUAAAUCUCUUCCUGGGCGACCAAACGGACCUCUUCGUCACCUGGCUGCACGAGGUGCUACAGAAGCUACAAGAGGUCACACUGCCCACAUCCAGUGCUUCCAGUAAGAAGCGGAAGUCGCGCGGCCAAGGAGAAGCUGCCAAGGUCAAGGACAAAGACAAAAAGGGCUCCAGGAAGGACAAGAGGCCACAUCGCAAGUCCGGCGAUGAACUGACUGAGCCGCAGUCCAGUUCCGCGGAUGCCAUGCCCAUCAUCAGCUCCAUCACCGAUGUCUUCGCCGAGGAGCUGCUCGAAAAGGCAAAGAAAACCCUCGACAUUGAUCUCAACGCCAAGGACGAGAUCCUGCACAAAAAAAAGAAGAGCAAAUCCAUCGAGGACGAGGAGGCGUUGGCCAGCAGGGACCUGGACUUGCCCGCCAUGUCCGAGAUCAGCUCAACCACCAGUGGUGUCAAUCGACAGAAGGAUCUUGCUGAGCUGGCUGAGAUCCAGAAGAAAAUCCAAGCAGCUAAGAAGCAUUUACGCCAGAUUGGCGAAAUCGAGGACGAGAGUGAUGAGGACGACGAGGACCUUUUGAACUUGAGUGUCCAGGAGGAAUCUGUGGAUCAGGAGGCCGAGGAGGAGACCCAGCAAACGAAGGCGCCUCCCCGAAAGGCUAAGAGUCCUAUUAUUUUCAAUAGACGGGAAAAGACACCAGAAAAGCGACAAGAGGCUGAGCCGAAGAUUGACACUCGCCAGGAGGCGGCGGCGGAGGAGGAAGAGACUCCCGAACCGGAGGCAUCGGCAGAGAAGUUAAAGGAAGACCGUUCUGAGCGGAAACCCGUACACGCUCGACUCGGCUCCAAGGCCCAGUUGCCGCCAGAGCGCUUGCAGCGCAGCCAAAAGGAGCUAUAUGUGCCGGCCCAUCGGCGACGCAGUGAACACGAGGCGAGCAAGGAGCGGAGCCAGCGGGAGCGCUCCCGGGAGCGACGUUCUAGCCGUGACAACUCCAGGGACACCAACCGCAAUCACCGCCAGCGUCGCUCGCCCAGUCCAGAGGCUCCGAGCACCAAACAACGCAUUGGUUCCCGGGUAAUUGUGGCUGUGAACAAGCCGCCAGAGCCGUCGGACGAUGAGGACAUGGCCGACAAGCCGGUGAACUCCGUGAUCAAGAUCAAGCCCCGGCCGCAGGUAUCCCCCAGGCGGCAAGCCUGCAAGAACCUUCUGCUGCGAGCCGUGGCCGAUGCCCAGCGCUCCACAAUUCUGGCCAAGACUUCCGCGAAGAAGGAGAGCGAGGAGGCGGUGAAGGUAACCAGCAGUUCGCUGGGCAAGCGCAAAUCGUUGGAAAAAAACGAUCGGGAUCGCGAUCGCGAGAAGGAGCGUGGCAAGAGGAGUGCACCCGGCAACGAACUCUUUCGGCGCACUACUCGUGAGUUGGUGGUUAACGUAACUCAGCGGGAUGGCAAGCGAGCGCGGCGAUCCAAUGAAAGUCGCGCCGAGAUUAAGGUGGUGGAGGAGGAGUACACCCCUACUCUGAGGACUGGGGAGGUCGAAACGUAUGUGCCGCAGCUGCUGGCCAAUGUGGAUGAGCUGGAUUUGCACAUCGGCUCCCACGAUGAGCCGAGUCCCAGUACCGGAGCUCUCAAGACCCAGUUUGUGGUCACCUUGAACGGGGAUAAAGCGCUGGGCGGAAACAACGCCAAGGAAGGGUCCUAUCGGAAACGGCCGAGCAACUCGCGCAGGCGCUCCUCCUCGCCGGUGUCCACACCACAAGUGUCCUCCUCCAGCGCCGAGCCCACGUCAACGACGGCGGACAAGCGACGCCGAUCAAAUCGGGACAGAAGCUUCUCGCGCUCGCCAACACAGAGUAGCGGCUCGCCCUCUCUCCAGACGACACGAAGCCUCAAUCGCAACGAGGUACUCCGGCAGCCGCAAGAGAUCAAGAAAAUCAUAAUUAAAAACGACACGGACGAGGAUGACGAGAUGCAUGGUUCACCGAAGAAACGUUCGCCCAAUAAGCGGCCACAAGCGACGACAGCCACAACCUCGGCCAAUGGCCACAAGGACAAUAAGGCUAAAGCUCCGAUCGAGGAUCGCUCGACCACUCCCCCACUGCCGGCCAAACCUAAGCCUCGGGCGGAUAGGACAGCCUCCAGCAAGGAGAAGACCAUUAGAUCCAAUUCAGUAGAAGAGCCAGCGGCAGCUGCAUCCGCAGGUGUAUCCACUUCCACGUCUACAGCUACCAAAGCCAAGCACACGCCCAUACGGUUCACGCUUAAGAACGAGGACGCGCCGAGUGCAAAUCGGAAGCGUCGCUCCGGCAGCCCAGAACGCGAUGCAGUGGCUCCGGAGAAACGGAGGGUACCCAUUCGCAAUGCAGAGGACAGGAAGUACGACAACCUGCCGGCAUUAAGCGCCGUUAGCGUGGAUUCCACCGUGCUGAAGGUGAGCAAGCCCAAGGAGCGCUGCAAGUACCAUCCUAACUGCACGAAGCAGUUCUGCGAGUACUACCACCCGACGGCGCCCUGCAAGUCCUUCCCCAACUGCAAGUUCGCGGACAAGUGCAUGUACUCGCAUCCAAAGUGCAAGUUCGACAUGGCCUGCAUGAGCAUCGACUGCAAUUACGCUCACGGCGGCCAAAGGGAUCUCAGUCAUGUGCAGCUUGCGGCGCCACCACUUUCCUCUCACGUCAUACCGGUGCAGAACUACAAGUCAAUAUCAGCACCAGUCACCUCCACGACGGCCACUACGAUGUGCAAGUACUACCCAAACUGCUCCAAGUUGGGAUGCACCUUUUAUCACCCGAAACCCUGUCGCUUUGGCAAGAACUGCGUGAACAAGCUGGAGUGCAUCUUCUACCAUCCGGAAAUGCAGAGCAAAUUCAAGUGGGUGGCAUCUUUGGGUUGAGCACACACACUAUGCAUUAAAUCGAUAUUUAGCAAAUGUACUCUGGACUCCCGAUUAACAACAAAUAUUCGAUACCACUCUCUUUAAUUUGUAUGGUUAGGCGAGCUUGGACUUUCUUUUUCUUUUUUAUACACAGAGUUGUAUACCUAUAUAUUUAACUUGAUUUUUAUUUUCAUUCAUCCUAUUGCUUAUAUUUAAUAACUUUUAUAUUAGUCAUUAGCAGCUCUCUCACUGAAAUGAUAAACAAAACUAAAGUUUGUUGUUCAUGCGGAUUUGUUUGCAUUGAAACCAUAAGGUACACGUCACGCUAAGGUUGACGAAUAAAUUUAGCAAUAGUUGCUACAAAUUGGAAAA